CCGCCGAGCCACCUCGCUGAAGAUGUCAUUUCUUGGAAGGGACUACAGCAGUGAGCUGGACGCCUUGGGUCAUGGCUCCAAGUCGCUCUCGGAGAGCAGCAGCAGCAGCACGACUUCAGAGAGCGACCGCCCCGCCGAGGAAGCGGGGCUAUCGCUGCCGCAAACCUUGAUCCACCUGCUGAAAUGCAACAUCGGCACAGGGCUCCUGGGGCUUCCCCUAGCCAUCAAAAAUGCCGGCUUGUUGGUCGGUCCCAUCAGCAUGCUGGCCAUUGGGGUCCUCACAGUGCACUGCAUGGUCAUCCUGCUGAACUGUUCUCAGCACCUCAGUCAGAAACUGCAAAAGACUUUUGUGAACUAUGGCGAGGCCACGAUGUACAGCCUUGAAGCCAGCACCAACACCUGGCUGAGGACGCACUCCGUGUGGGGGAGGUACACCGUCAGCUUCUUAUUAAUCAUCACCCAACUGGGCUUCUGCAGUGUUUAUUUUAUGUUUAUGGCAGAUAAUUUACAACAGAUGGUGGAAGAAGCCCACGUGACCACCAACAACUGCCAACCCAGGAAGAGCCUGUUGCUGACUCCCAUCCUGGACAUUCGUGUCUACAUGCUGACAAUCCUGCCCUUCCUGGUCCUGUUGGUGUUCAUCCAGAACCUCAAGGUGCUGGCCUUCUUCUCGACACUGGCCAACAUCACCACCCUGGGGAGCAUGGCUCUCAUCUUUGAGUACAUCAUACAGAGGAUCCCGUACCCCAGCGACCUGCCCCUGAUGGCGAACUGGAAGACCUUCUUGCUGUUCUUUGGCACGGCCAUCUUCACGUUUGAAGGCGUCGGGAUGGUUCUGCCUCUCAAAAACCAGAUGAAGGACCCACAGCAGUUUUCGUUUGUUCUGUACUUGGGGAUGUCCCUUGUCAUCAGCCUCUAUAUCUGCCUGGGGACACUGGGCUACAUGAAGUUCGGGUCGGACACCCAGGCCAGCAUCACCCUCAACUUGCCCAAUUGCUGGUUGUACCAGUCUGUCAAGCUGAUGUACUCCAUCGGCAUCUUCUUCACCUAUGCCCUCCAGUUCCACGUCCCGGCCGAGAUCAUCAUCCCAUUCGCCAUCUCCCAGGUGUCAGAGAACUGGGCACUGUUUGUAGACCUGUCUGUCCGCACAGGCUUGGUCUGUCUGACCUGUGUCUCAGCCAUCCUCAUCCCCCGCCUGGACCUGGUCAUCUCGCUGGUAGGCUCCGUGAGCAGCAGUGCCCUGGCCCUCAUCAUCCCGCCCCUCCUGGAGAUCAUCACCUUUUAUUCUGAGGACAUGAGCUGUGUCACCAUUGCCAAGGACAUCAUGAUCAGCAUCAUGGGCCUUUUGGGGUGUAUAUUUGGGACAUACCAAGCCAUCUAUGAUUUGACCCAGCCCGUCAACCUUUCCAUGGCCAACUCCACAGGUGUCUAUUCAUAACUAUCUAUUUUUAUUCUUAUGGCUCUCCCUUCCUCCCACCCCCAAUUUGACUUCCAUGUGGAUGUUGUGUACCUUCAGCAAACCCUCACAUCUCUGUAUUAACUAGUGGCGUCUUUUUAUCUUUCCAAGAGGAGCAUAGAUAACCCAAGUUAGUACUGCUGCCUCUCAGCACUAUCCCUCUUUCAGUUUUGGUUUUCUUUCCUUUUUUGUACCUUUGAACCAAAUCAUAUUCAACCAUUCGUAUUAUCAGCCUCAAUUACUGGAAAAGGGAUGUCAUUCACCCCUACAUCCCUGGAAACAGAGACCAAGCAUAAAUGCAAAAGAAAUUGUUUUCUCUAUACUGCAGUAGCUGCCCUUAAAGCAUCAGAUUUUGAAAAAGUUUAUCUUACAGGAAGGGAGUUUCCUGUUUA